AUGUAAAAUCAACAACAUCUGAUCAGAGAAAUUUAUCUAAAGGAUAAAUCGAAUUCUUUUUUGAGAUAAUAAUGGGGAUAGGUCUUUGAUUCUAUAUUACCAUUGUAAAAAACAACUCUAAUAGUUGAUACACUAUAAGAAAUCGACACGCUAAAAAUUAUAAAAGAAUUAUUGUCUAAAAAUCAUAUAAUCACUGUGAUAUCAGAUACAAGUGAAGCAAAUUAUAAUUGGUGUAAUUUGGUAAAUCAAAACUUUGAAGUCAUUAUUGCUGACCUUCGAGCAGAGACUAAAUUGAACUCAUAUUAAUAUAUUGGCAUAAAAUGGGUAUAUAUUAAAAAAUUAAGAUUAGUUGUUAACAAUCAACACAAAAUUAGUGAUUUUGUCAAAUGAUUUAAUAUAUGAACAUUUAGUAAAUUAAUUUAAUGUUGUUUAUGAUAACAUUAUUGAAACACCUUAUUUGCAUACUUAAUAAGAAGAAUAGUUUAUAAGUAUACCUUAUGAUUAAAAAUUAACAUAUGUAUUAUAAUAGAUUAAAACCUCAAACCCAUAAAUUGAUAGAGAUAUAGUAGUUUAUUGUGAAUCCUUAUAUCAAAUGGAUUAAAUAUACUAAGCCAUAUAUUUUCAUAAUUAAUUGUCUCAAUCAGAAGAAUAUAAUGUUUAAUAAAUUAUACCAUUUUAAUCAUAUUACGAAUAAUUUGGUUAAUAAUUAAGUGAAAUGGUAUAUCCAUAAUAGAAAGGAAAAAGAAAUGUAUAUUUGACAUUAAAUUAUUAAUAAUUAAGAAAAUAUCUAUAAAAUGUCUAACAUAAAAUUUCCUUAAUAAUACAUAUGGGAUAUCAAACAACAGUAAAAACAUUUUUGGAAGAAAUCAAUGCUAUUGUUUAUAAAGAGUAAAACCUUAGCAGACAUGAUAUUAUCAUUCGUAAUAGGAUAAAUUAUUAUCCUAAAAUAGUUUAUUUAUUUGCAUUUGAUGAAUUCAAAGAUUUGUAAGAACAUAAAUUAAUUUUUGAUGAGGAAUUCACUUUUAAUCCAUAAAAUAUAAAAUUCUAUGCUUCUUAAUUUAAUGUUGAACUUGAUUAAUUAAAAGACAUAUCAUUAUCAGAAUAUAGUUCAUUAUAGAAUUAUAUACCAUUAAUUUAUUAUGAACCUUUGUUGGAAGCUGAAAACGAAACAUUUCAUUAUUAUAGUAGUGUUGUAUCUACACUUUUGACAGAUGGAGAAAUACUUUCAGAAGGUAAUGUAGAAAGUAAAAAUAAUCCAUUUAAGAGCUUCUAAAUUUACCAAUAAAGAGAAUCAAUUAUUAGAUCAAAUCAUUAUUGGUCGAAAAUGGGAGAUAUUACUUCAUGGAUUUAAUUAAUAAAUAAAUUUAUCAUUUUUAUUGAAGAAAUUAAUUCUAAAGAUGAUGAAAAAGAAUAAGAAAACUCAAAAAAUGAAUUAAUAAAAUGGUGCAGAUUAUAGAAUAUCAAUAUUCCUAAAAUGAUAUUGAUUUUAGCAUAUAAUGAAUACAUAAUUGAUUUAACCUAAAAAUAUGUAUAAAUUUAUCAUAAUAAUUUAGGUGUCUGAAUAUUCAGUUAUUAAUAAGUGUUGUUCUUUAGAUUAAUUAAAACUAAAUAGAACUGUGUCUUUAAAGAAACAGUAAUCUAUGCCUGAACAUUCUGAAGACAUAUAAGCAUGUUUAUUAAGACUAUUUUAUAAAGGCUUAAGCAUAUUUAGUGGACAUAAAAGUGCUGGUUAUUAUAAUUAUGUUACUAACUAAAAAUUUAAAUUAUGCUAUAAUAAUUUAAUGGCCAUAGUUGGAGACUUUCCUCUAACCUGUAUAAUUAUGGCAUUGCUUUAAAAGAAUCAAUAAUAUGAAAUUAAGUAUUCUACUAAAAUAGAUGAUAUAAUGAUACCUUAAUUGGCUCCUAAAGCUUUUGUGAAAGAAUAUAAGCUCUAAUUUAUAUAGCGUUAAUCUUUACAUUUGAGUGAAUUAACUUUUAAUGGAAUUGGUCAAGUUUUGUUCAAUGAACUAUGGAAACAUUAAUCAGGUCCUCAGUUAUCUUAGGAUUGUAUCUUACAACCUAAUAUUGAGAUGAAUUGUAUCACAGUUUUAUAUGAUCCUAAUGUAGCAAAAAAAGAGAUUAUAGAAUAAGAAUUGAAUGCAAAAAUUAAAGAGUUAUAAAACUUUUACAGAAAUUAAGUUAAAGAAAUACCUUAUGCAAAUGAUUCAAAAUUUAUUAUGCAAGCGUAUUAAUUUAUAAUUAAUAUAUUAGUGGUGGAAGUAUGAAAGAUUGGAUUGAAAAAAAUGCUUACAAAACUUUUUUUAUUGAAGGAUUACCUUUGGAUAUAACUUAAGAGUUGUUACAAGAAUUCUUAAAUGAAGUACGCAUUUAAGAAACAAAAUUAUAUAAACAAGGAGAUAAAAUUACAGCUAGGAUUUCACUAUAUGAUCAUGAUGAUUUACUUUAUUGUUUGGAGAAUAUUAAGGAGUACAAAAAUGAUCCAUUGAAGGUUUAUACUUAAUAGGAUUAAUUUGAACAUAAUGAAGAAAAGCUACAUUUUAAUGAACAUUACAAAAUAAUAAUUUCAUGGAAUAUACAUUUGAACAAAGGUACUGCUAAAGUUGAACUCAAUUCUCCAUUUAUUUUGAAUUCUGAAGAAUUUUAAAUGAUCAAACAUUUGACAUUUAAAAUGAAUCUGAAAAGUGUCUAUGAAGAUGAAUAAACGAUCUUAAAUGAUUUAAAAUAACAUUACAAAGAUAUUGAUAUUAAAUAAAUAUAGAUUGAUAAAUAAUUAAGGUAUGAAAAUAAUGGAGAUCUAUAAUUGGAAAUUUAUAAAUUAUUAUAAAAUAUACCUUAAGAUAAAUAUAAGAUUGAAUCUAUUACUAAAUAAAAUUGUAAAAGAAUUUUAUCCCUUAUAGUUUAUGAUAUUAAUACAAUGGAAUAAUUUAAACUUUUAAAUAAUCAGAUAAAAUAAUUUAGAGGUUUGAAGGUUUAAUUAAAUGUAAAGCCUUUCUAUUUCCAUGAUUAUGAAGGACCAAUUGAAAUGAAAUAAGUAGUUGAAGAAAUAUUUGAUGAAAAGAAAAUAUAACUUGGAUAAUAUACAAUUAAAAAUGAUGAUGAAUUUAAAAGAGUAAAGGUUACAAUUGAAUGUUGGAAUAAAUAAGAUCAUGAAUAAUUAAAUAAAGAGAUUUAAGAUGCUUUUAAUCCUAAAAUUAUAAAAUCUUCAUAAGAUUUUGAUAUAACAGUAAUAUUUAGUUAAUCUGGUACUAGAUUCCUUAAAUUUUAAGAAUAAUCUUUAUAAAUUUUAAUUAAAUAAGAUUUUAUUAAUAAUUAAUUAUUUGUAAAUAGUUCUUAAAUUAAAUACGAUUAAUUAAUAAAAGCAAUUAAAGAAUUUACUUCAGAUUGUGCAAAAUGUAUAAUUUAAAUUCCUAAGAAUUGUAUUAGAUUAAUAAUGGGAAAUGAUUCUUAAGGAUUAAAUGAAAUAAAAAAGAAUUUUGAUUUAAAGAGUGUAAAAUUCAAUAGCAUAUCAGGUGAAUUACAAUUAUUUGGAGAUUAGAAGAAUCUUGAUGCAGCAAUAAUUUCAAUUAGUGAAAUAAUAUCUUCAUAAUAAUCAUAAGAUAAACCAAUAAAUGCAUUGACUUGUAACUAUUGUUUUGAUAAUAUGAAGAAUGGAUAUAUGCUUUAAGGUUGUGGACAUAAAUUUUGUUUAUAGUGUAUAAUGUUUAGCAUUUCGAAUUCUUUAGGAGAUAUGACUUAAUUGCCAAUAAAAUGUCCAUAAUGUAAUUAAGGGAUACUUUUAGCUGACUUAUAUAUUUUAAUUGAUGAGCCUAGUUGGGAAAAAUUAACAAAAUUAUCUAUAAACAAAUGUAUUUAAUUAAAAGAUAUUGUUAGAUUUAUAAGAUCAUGCAGCUUAAAUAGCAUUUUGUUUAACUCCAAAUUGUCCAAUAAUACAUUAAUAGAAGAUUCCAAUAUAUGUAUGUAAAAUGUGUUAGAAAAAGUAUUGCAAUCCAUGUAAAGUAUAUAUAAUAUUUUUAUUUUAUCAGACAGCAUACCAUUAUGGUUAAACAUGUAGGGAAUUCAAGGCUGGAAACGAAGAUUCCAUUAAUAUUUAUAUGAAAAAGAAUGAUGUAAGAAGAUGCCCUCAUUGUAAAAUUUUGAUAUAAAGAAUUGAUGGAUGCUACAGAGUUACAUGUACUGGUUGUAAAAAGAGUAUUUGCUGGAAGAAUAAAGCAGAUGGUACACCAUGUAUGGCUAUUUUUGAAACAUCUUCAGAAUGCUAUUCACAUUUAACCAAAGAACAUGGUGGAUAUUGGUGAUAUUAACA